AUGUUGGCUAGUCUCUUGCGCUAUCUGGGUUGUCAACAAGGCUUUCUAGAAGUUAUGACUUCUAAAGAGGCUGCUGCUAUUCUAGGUGUUAGCUUAAGCAGUGGCAUUGAUGAAAUCACUCGUAAUUAUCGGGAUUUAUUAAUGCGUAAUCAUCCAGAUAGAGGUGGUAGUCGUGAGAUUGCGCAAAAGAUAAAUGAGGCCCGAGAGUUGUUGCUGCAACGAUUGGAGUAG